UCGACGACGAAAAAGGCGGAAGUUAGCAACACUUGAAGACAAAGGGCGCAGACGACGGAGUGUAAUCGCGUUUUUUUUUAAUCCUUUAAAAUGUUGAAGGAGUUGGUGAAGGAACGACUUAUGGCGGCGGCUGAUGAAAUAUUUGCACUGUUUGAAAGAACGAUAGCGUCGUACGAGGAGGAACUUUCUCGAACAAGAAGGGCGAAGGAGCGACAUCGGCAACACCAGACAGCUGCUGUUUGCAAGACUGACGUUAGAUUGCAAGUUUCACACGCCCAGCAGCAAAUUGGUCGUCAAGAAGAACGCCAGGAGGGGCGCUCCACUCUGAAACAGGCGGAUCCACAGCCCCCCCAUGUUAAAGAGGAAAAGGAACUCUGCAUCACUCAGGAGACAGAGUGUCUUCUAGGGCUGGAGGAGGCUGAUCUCACCAAGUUGCCACUGACUGUUUUCUCUGUGAAGACUGAAGACCAUGAAGACAAGCCACCUGAGUCCUCACAGCUUCAUCACAGUCCAAGUGAGGAGAACAGAGGGGCGGAGCCUCUGAGCAGCAGCUCACCACAACACAUGACAACAGAAGCUGAUGGAGACCACCCACAAGCAGACAACCUCUUAGCACCGCUAUCCGAUAGUGACGACACAACUUCACACUCUCCUGAGGGUGAAGUCAGGGACGACACUCAAGAACUCCUGAGCAGUGAAACAGACUGUGAAGACGCCCAGCAGAUGAUUGAUGGUCAAGACGAAAGUCCCCCUGAGCCACAGGGGGGGUGCUUACCUUUGAAUCAGGAGGAUCCACGGCACCCCCAGUUUAAAGAGGAGGAGGGGGAGAAGCCACAGCCCUCUGACGUGACAGCAGAAGAGAAGGAGCCACAGCCCCUCCACAUUAAAGAAGAAGAGGAGGAACUCUGGAUCACUCAGGAUGGAGAGCAUCGUUUAGGGUUCAGGGAGGCUGAUCUCACCAAGUUGCCACUGACUGGUGUCUCUGUGAAGACUGAAGACCAUGAAGACAAACCACCUGAGUCCUCACAGCUUUGCCACAGUUCAAGUGAGGAGAACAGAGGCAGCAGCAGCUCACCACAACACAUGACAACAGAAGCUGAUGGAGACCACUGUGGAGGAUCACAAGCAGACAACCUCUUAGCUCCACCACCACAUAGUGACGACACAGCGUCACACUUUCCUGAGGAUGAAGACUGGGAGGACACACAAGAACCUUUGAGCAGUGAUACAGACUGGGAAGGUGAUAUGAGGACUCACACUGACAACAAACACUCUGAAUGCUCUGAAAAGAAGACAGGUACACGUUUGACCUGCUCAGUUUGUGCUAAAAUAUUUACUAAAAAGGGUGAUUUCACUCGACACAUACGGACACACACAGGAGAAAAACCUUUUAGUUGUUUAGUUUGCGGUGAUAAAUUUGCUCAGAGGUCCACUUUGACCAGGCACAUGAGAACACACACGGGGGAAAAACCCUUUUGCUGCUCGGUUUGUGGCGAAAGAUUCUCUCAUAAAGUAAAUAUGCUGUCACACGUGAGGACGCACACGGGAGAAAAACCUUUUAGUUGCUCAGUCUGUGGCGAGCGAUUCUCCCGAAAGAUGCAUGUGGUAUCACACAUGAGAACACACACGGGAGAAAAACCUUUUAGCUGCUCAGUCUGUGGCGAUUCAUUUGCUCAGAGUUCCACUUUGAAUAGACACAUGGGAACACACACAGAGUGUCCUCCGUGAAUCAAGGCGAGCAAUUCAGGGUGUUGUCUUGGCAUAUCUACCAGGUAGUGUAUUUACACUGCCAGCCAAAAGUUUGGACACACUUCCUCAUGCUAAUGAAUGAGAAACUGUGUCCACAUUUUUGGCAGGUAGUGUAUAUUCCAGGAUAGUUGUAACUGCAGGCGCAGUCGACACAAAUAUGAGACUAGUUGCAAACAUAAAUAUGAGUACAACUCACCUUGGUGGCAAAAUGAUGACUGACACAUUGAAUAGUCAUUGAAAUUGUGGAAACACCAGUAUGCUGGCUGAUGGCUGGGCUUGUUACAGAUAUACAGUGAUGUGAAAAAGUGUUUGUCACCUUCCUGAUUUAUUUAUUUUUUGCAUGUUUGUCACACUUAAAUGUUUCAGAUCAUCAAACUAAUUGAAAUAUUAGUCAAUGACAACACAACUGAACACAAAAUGCAGUUUUUAAAUGAACCUUUUUAUUAUUAAGGGAGAAAAAAAAUUCAAACCUACAUGGCUCUGUGUGAAAAAGUAAUCCCCCCGCCCCCAUUUAAAACCUAAUUUGACUGAUAUUAAUUGAGAUUUAUCAGUUUGGAAAAGGUUAAAAAGCCAUUUCUGAAACUUUGGGACUCCAGCAAACCACAGUGAGGGCCAUUAUCCACAAAUGGCGAAAACAUGGAACAGUGGUGAACCUUCCCAGGAGUGGCAAGCCAACCAAAAUUACCCCAAGAGCGCAGCGACGACUUAUCCAAGAGGUCACAAAAGACCCCACAACAACAUCCAAAGAACUGCAGGCCUCACUUGCCUCAGAUUUUUCCACAACCAAAUUUUCCAAAAAUGACAACUGUAUUGUUUCUCACAGUAUUAUGAAUAUAAAAAACUGUUUUUUUUUCUUUAAUAUUUCAAAUUAUAUUUUAAUAUUACAUUAUUUUUCCUCAUAAUUUUACAAGUGUAUUCUGGUUAAAGUGCGACUUUUUUUCUCAUUACAAUUUGUCUUAAUAUUUAGAAUUUUUUCUCGUAAAAUUACAGCUGUUUUUUCCGUUUUUAUUUUCCAACUAGUUCAACUUUCUUCCUGUAAAUGUUCUUCUUGUAAUUAUGACUAAAUUCCCAUAAUAUUUAGAUUUUAUUCCCAUAAUAUUAUUUUUUUUCUACAACCUAAUUUUGCAAAAAUGACAAUUCUAUUGUUUCCCAUAA